CGGGAAGUGGGCGCGGCGCGGGCUCUGCAGAGCCCGCGGCGGAGGCGGCGGACCAGGAUGGGAACGGGGCUGCCCGGCCGCCCGCGGCGUCUGGAGCCCCGCUGAAGCGCCACGGAGACGCGGAGACGUCGCGCUGGGGCCGAGAUGUGCCUGCGCCGGGGUGAGCCGCGGAGGACAGCUCGGGACUUCCGAACCCGCCCCAGACCCUCUGAUGGCCUGAGUGUGGGGGACUUCCAGAAGGUGCUGAUGAAGAUGGGGCUGGUGCUGGUGGUGCUGGGCCACGUGAGCUUCAUCGUGGCGGCUCUACUCCAUGGCACCAUACUGCGCUACGUGGCUGCCCCCCACAAUGCUGUGGCUCUGCAAUACUGCGUGGUCGACAUCCUCUCUGUCACUUCCGCCAUCCUGGUCAUCACCUCAGGCAUUGCAGUCAUCGCGUUGUCACGCUACCUCCCCAGCAUGCCCCUGCGCUGGACAGUGUUUAGCUCGAGCGUGGCCUGUGCCCUUCUCUGUCUGACCUGUGCUCUUGGCCUCUUGGCCACGAUCGCCGUGACCUUUGCCACCCAGGGACGGGCACUGCUGGCCGCCUGCACUUCUGGGAGCCCCGAACUACUGGCACUGGCGCCCGACUGUCCCUUCGACCCCACACGUAUUUACAGCUCCAGCCUGAGCCUCUGGGGCAUCUCAUUACUGUUCUGCAUGGCAGAGAGUGUAUUUGCCGUGCGCUGCGCCCAGCUCGCCCACCAGCUGCUGAAACUGAGGCCCUGGUUGGGGAAAAGCAACCACCGCUUGACCCAGUCCCAGCAGGCCUGGCAGCCUCCUGUGUCUCUGCCAAUGCAGGAGAGCCCGGAGCCCGUGGAGGUCCGAGACCUGCUGAGUUACACCAGCUCUGAGCCACUGACCCUCUGACAGCUGAUGCCUCACCCAGGCGCCCUGGCCACUGGGGCCCUGCAACCAAGUCUGCACUGUGAUCAGGCCAGGAUUCCUGGAGCCAGCCAAGAAGGCUCAAUGGCCACUCCAGAACCUGGGUGGGGCUUUCAACUCCCUCCCCCAGCCACCCAGCUCACUGCACUGAAACAAGACUUUAUUCUGAAGUUAUUAAAAAGAACAAAGAUGCUCCACAUGGAUGCAUGCAGCUGGGGAGAGGGCUCGGCUGGGGGGCCUGUGUUUCUUUCCUACACAAGACACUGUGGGUGAGGCUCUAGGUGUGUCUGCCCAUCUGUCUGUGGGCCUGUGUGUGUGGCUGAAGAGGCAAGAUUCACACAGGGGUCAGUGGGUUUGUUUUCAUCCAAGUGCUGAGAUACAAGCAGGGCUGCAUGGGACCCACGGUAGGGGGCGGUCUGGAACCAGGAGAUUUUCCUUUUGCAUCAUGGCCUCCAGGCCAACAGGGGCUGGAGCAGGAAGGGUUGAGGCCCUCCUGCAGGGAAGGACAGCGCAAGGAAGGUUUUUCCUCCAACCCCCCCACACCUCUGGAAUCUUUCUCUCCCCUCCAAAUAAAGACAGGCUCCUUA